AUGCAAGAAGUUAUUAAAAUCACGGGCGGCAGUGAACCGUCACCGCCGCCUCUUCCACCAUCAACAUCGCCGUUGGUCUGUGAGAAGCAAAUGGUAGGGAAUCAGCCCGGGGAGUUUCUUUACAAACGCCAGGAAGUACUUGCAUAUAUCAAGUCUUUUUUACAGCCCGCAUACGACCGUGGCUCCCUCUCAUGCCAGCAGUUUGUCUCUAUAGCCAAGCAAACCCUGUUAUUUGUCAUGAGUGCCAGGAAUAUUGGUAUGCAAGGGUUUUCAAAGGACUUUGUGGCGCAAGUGGUGCAACUGCAGAUGACGCACGUGCCUCAUAAAACAGCACCGACAACACCCAUGUCAACACCAUUGGUCGAGUGUAAAAAGGGCGGUCACAUUCCCUGCUUACAUGCUCAGUCGGGUGAUCAUCAUAAUGAUGAUGAUGAGACGAGGGGAAAAAAAGAAAAACAACAACAACAACAACAACAACAGUUGUCGUUGCCAACAGGAAAUCGUCAGGCAUCCCCAUUCAUGCUACGUAAUGGUCAUGACGUGGGUACUGUCAAUGGAAUUAACAAUGGGAGCGGGAAUCAAUUGCUUCUGCGUGACCCCUCCCCGCGUAGCUAUGAAUUCCCCAGUCCCUUUAUGCAGCAGUCAAAGCCGUCAUGUUCCUUUCAAGGGGGCUCUACCAAAUCAAAACAUGGGAGCAACGAUAGAAACAGAGUUACUGUCGCUGCACUUCCCGCUGUGGGUGACAGCACGUGUUGUGUGACCUUUUCUUCAUUGGACGCAAAUCACCCACACAGGGUGACCACAAUGACGGCAGAAACAGGGACAGAUCUAUCGACAGAAGUAGCGAUGAAAUCAUCGUCGCCUAUCACAAUGAAAGCGAAUAACCACCGUCAUAGUUACGCGGGUAAAAAAGGGGAUGAAAAGGAGAAGGUAGAAAAACAAUCCCAGAUAUCGAGCAAUACAAGCGACAAGUUGCUCUGUGUUGCGGAAAAACUCCGUGAGCGUUUGUCGUCUUGGCAAUCAAUAGAAAAUAAUGCCUACUCCUCCUUAUCGCAGUGUAGGAUGGCGGAGGGCUCUGUGGGUGUCGCAGUGACUUCCCUUACGCACAGCUCAGGGCUGGAUGAAAUCCUUCAUGUCCGUUCCGAGAUUCGUGAUGUACUGCGGCUGUGGAUCCUUGAGCGUCGCGAGAUUCUUCGAGAAGAGGAACAGGUCUUCACAUCACUUUUUCUGCAUUUUCAACAUGCCCUGAUAAAAGACCUCAUACGGCACGUUUUUAAAACAGAAGGAGUGGCGGGGGUGUCGCUUCCUCCACCUCCCACAACACCACCACCGAAGGUGCAGUUCGAGCGUGUCCCCCUGCUCAGGGGGAAUGACGGCGGAAAUGAUAGUCCCUACGGGAAGUGCUGCGGAAACAGUCCUGUACUUCACGGUACGACGCAACUCGUUUACAUUGAGGAUGAGGGGCCGGAAGCAGACGUGUCGCCACCGGGAAAUACGACAGCCCCCAAGUCCCUUUACAGGCGUCAGUUCCUGCAUCAUCACAAUGACACCGAAAAGAAAAAGACGUCUCGUGCAGCCUCCAUCCGUCGAGAUGGCAGCUGUCAUAGCCACAGUGGUCGUUUUGGUCCGCAAGGAGAAGCGAAAAGAAGAAGCGAGAGGAAGAGAUUGAUGGAACAAUUGAACGAAGGUUCUUCUUCCUUGCCAUCAUCUGUAUUGCCCUGCUCUUCACCCCUGCGGCGGCAGUCCACGGUGCCUACAGUGUCAGUAACGGAAAGAAAUGUUGAUUGGGACGAUGUGCGCGACGUGAUGAUGACGCCCUCGCGGCAGUAUCCGCCCCAUGCCGUUUUCCCGAACCGCUACGCCACAACACCGCAAAGAACGUCAAGGAUGAGGAGAGAAACGAUGACACCGCCUAAGGCGAAAACCGCAACAGCCGUCUUUCGCCUGCAUUCGCCCAAAUCGAGCACGGCGCAGCCCGCAGGCGUCAAUAUUCAGCCGCAAGGCCAGGGAGAGGGCGUACAGGUAUUUGCGAAACAACGUCCGAACUUGCAAGGGCAAACGCGUAGUGAGGUGACAAAAAGAGGAAGCGCAGGCGCAGUGGUACAACAGAUUGAUCGGAAGGUCAUUGUGGAAUAUUUGCGGCAGUUACUUCAGCCAGCAUUUGAUUCAGGCGCGCUCUCUGUAGAUCAGAUGGGCGGUAUUGUGCAGCGGGCGGCGGGACCUUUGCUGAGCGGUAAAAUGGGUCACUUCCUCGCUAGCGAGACCCGAUGGAAAAAUGAGUUGCGGAAGCAGGUAGAGCAUCUUCUUGGGGAGGCACUUCUUGGAAAGCCGUGA